GUCCACCUUUACGGUUGCCUAUUUUUUUUGCCCACACAACAAAGUAGGAAAUAACAAACAACCAGGAAAUAUUCAAAGUGACGCGAGAAAAUGUCAUUCAACGGCCACUGGAUUUCAUCCAACGCUAAUUUCAUCCCGCCCGUCGCUCAAGUCCAUCGCCAAUAUCUGCAUCAUCAACAGGAGCAGGGAACUCUUCACAUUCCUCGUCCUGUUCUCACUAUCGUACAAAUGCCUGGGGAACAACAUAGCUUGGAUAGCAUCAAUUUGCCGCCUACACCACCGUCGUCAUCGUCUAGCAAUGAGCUGACAAUGUCCGUCUCAAGCAGCUACAUUUACGAUCGCUGCGGCACGCCGACGAGAUUCACCUUAUUGGGAGAGUCGGGAGCUAUUACUCGGAAAAACCGAACUACACCCACCACUUGUCAACUGUCCCUCACGUUUUGUACUCUGGCCCUUUUGGCCUUGGUCGGCAUGAUCGUCUACAUGGAAGUCUACAUGAACGAACGCCGAGUCUAAAUGCUUUACCUCAAUGUCGGAGAGGGUCUGAGUCCAUCGGUAGUUGGGCAUAUCGCAACCAUUGCCGGCAUUGGGUUUGAGUUUGCCAGCGUCCUGUGGAUCCUCCUCUUCUUCAUCCUUUUUUGUGGUGUCAACGUCCUUUGUGGCUGCUUUAGCCACCACCGUCGACGAUUCCUUUUGCUUUUGUUGUUGCAUCAUCUCAGCGGCUUCUUCAUCCGUCAAUUCUCUGAUUUUCGGCUCGAGAGCUUCACGUUUUUCCUGCUCUUCCAAUUGUUUCUGCUCUUUUUCUCUACGUUCCUUGAUUUUUCUUUCCCGUUCCUCGACUUCGGCUCGUUUUUUGGCUGUUUCCUGGUCUGCCUUUACCCUAUAUUUGUUAAACUUCUCCAUCAGCAGCUGGAGCAACAAGAAAGUGAUCAUCAGUUCUCGACAAAAAGAAUAGAAAACAUUUAAAAUUCAGCAAGAGACCAAAUCAUGCUAUGUCAGAAUAAAUGCUAUUAAUAUUUAUUGCCUGUGUUUUGCUGCCUUCAGACAUACUUGUACGACAUGUUUUCAUGAAUUCUGUCUCUCGGUUUCUCUUUUGAGUUGUUACCCUGAAAAUACAUGUUCGGCCUAGUGGGGCAACGUCAGUCA